CCGGCGAGCGCAAGGGGAGGGUCGGCGGCGCCUCGGGUGCCCGCAGCCACCAGCUCGCAGCGCAGCUCCGGAGCGGGACGCGGCGCCGGGAGCCCCGGCAGCGCCAGCCCUCCCUCCCGCGUCGCCUGCCAGCGCGCCAGCGCCCGCUCCGCCCGUGAUUUCAGUUCAGCUCCACCCCCGCGUGGCGGCGGCUUGCUCGGUCCGAACCGGCGCUCGGCACCAGCCCAGCCUGGACAAGCGGCAGCCACCUGCCCCGCGCCGUCUCCGUCUGCCCCCGCCGCGGCCCAACUUGGAUGGAGUUGGGGUCCUGAGCGCCUGCCCCCACAGCCGGCCAGCGGAGAGCCCCGCGCCGCCGCCUCCGUUCCGGGACCUUCUCUCCACUCCUCUCCGCUCCUGCGAUGGGAAAAGUUGGCGCGGCCGGCGGCUCCCCAGCCGGGCUGAGCGCGCUCCUCGCCGGCGCAGGGCUCUUGGUCUUCUGCGCCCCGGGCGCCUGCGGCGGCGGCUCUUGCUGUCCCCCGCUGCACCCCAGCCCGAACCAGCGCUGGGCUCCGACCCCAGGGGGCUUUCCUCACCAGGGAGCGCGAGGCAGGGCUCCUGCCACGCCCCUGCCCCUCCUUGGGCGCCCCCUGUUCGCAGUGGCCCCGGGAGACCGAGCGCUGUUCCUGGAGCGGGCCCCCGGCCCCGGGGGGUCAGUGGUGGUUGCUCCCCGCUCUGGCCGGAGGAGACGGAGUGGAUCGGAUCAGGAGAAGGGACAAAGGGGAGAGGGCGCGAGUAGAAGCCCCCGGGGAGUGCUAAGGGACGGAGGGCAGCAGGAGCCUGGGACUCCGGAGCGGGACCCGGACAAAGCAACUCGCUUCCGGAUGGAGGAGCUGAGACUGACCAGCACCACGUUCGCGCUGACAGGCGACUCAGCACACAACCAAGCCAUGGUCCACUGGUCUGGCCACAACAGCAGCGUGAUUCUCAUUUUGACAAAGCUGUAUGACUAUAACCUGGGGAGCAUCACUGAGAGCUCGCUUUGGAGGUCAACUGAUUAUGGGACAACCUAUGAGAAGCUGAAUGAUAAAGUUGGGUUGAAAACAAUUUUGAGUUAUCUCUACGUGUGUCCUACCAACAAGCGUAAGAUUAUGUUACUCACAGACCCGGAGAUUGAGAGCAGCUUAUUGAUCAGCUCAGAUGAAGGGGCAACCUAUCAGAAGUACCGGCUGAACUUUUACAUCCAGAGCCUGCUCUUCCACCCCAAGCAAGAGGACUGGAUUCUGGCAUACAGCCAGGACCAAAAGUUAUACAGCUCCGCUGAAUUUGGAAGAAGGUGGCAGCUUAUCCAGGAAGGGGUCGCACCAAACAGGUUCUACUGGUCUGUGAUGGGAUCGAACAAGGAACCGGAUCUCGUGCAUCUAGAGGCCAGAACUGUGGAUGGUCAUUCCCAGUAUCUAACUUGCCGAAUGCAGAACUGCACAGAGGCCAACAGACAUAAACCUUUCCCAGGCUACAUUGACCCAGACUCUCUGAUUGUCCAGGAUGAUUAUGUGUUUGUUCAGCUGACAUCAGGAGGACGGCCACAUUACUACGUGUCCUACCGAAGGAAUGCAUUUGCGCAAAUGAAGCUGCCCAAAUAUGCUUUGCCCAAGGACAUGCACGUCAUCAGCACAGAUGAGAAUCAAGUGUUUGCAGCAGUGCAAGAGUGGAACCAAAAUGACACAUACAACCUCUACAUCUCAGACACCCGUGGUGUCUACUUCACCCUGGCCUUGGAAAAUGUCCAGAGCAGCAGAGGACCUGAGGGCAAUGUCAUGAUCGACCUCUAUGAGGUAGCAGGGAUAAAGGGAAUGUUCUUGGCUAACAAGAAGAUUGACAACCAAGUGAAGACUUUCAUCACGUAUAACAAAGGCAGAGACUGGCGUUUGCUGCAGGCACCAGACACGGAUCUAAGGGGAGACCCAGUUCAGUGCUUACUGCCCUAUUGCUCACUGCACCUUCACCUUAAGGUCUCUGAGAAUCCCUACACAUCAGGGAUCAUUGCCAGCCGAGACACAGCUCCCAGCAUCAUAGUGGCUUCAGGUAACAUCGGCUCUGAACUCUCAGAUAGCGACAUCAGCAUGUUUGUCUCUUCCGAUGCAGGGAACACCUGGAGGCAGAUCUUUGAAGAAGAGCACAGCGUUUUGUAUCUGGAUCAAGGCGGAGUCCUCGUUGCUAUGAAGCACACGUCUCUCCCAAUUCGACAUCUCUGGUUGAGUUUUGAUGAAGGGAGAUCUUGGAGCAAAUACAGUUUCACAUCUAUUCCACUUUUUGUGGAUGGGGUUCUGGGUGAGCCCGGGGAAGAGACUCUAAUCAUGACAGUGUUUGGACACUUCAGCCACCGCUCUGAAUGGCAGUUGGUCAAAGUGGACUACAAGUCCAUUUUUGACAGACGGUGUGCCGAGGAGGACUACAGACCCUGGCAGCUGCAUAGCCAGGGGGAAGCAUGCAUCAUGGGAGCAAAGAGGAUAUAUAAGAAGCGAAGAUCUGAGCGGAAAUGUAUGCAAGGAAAAUACGCAGGAGCUAUGGAGUCUGAACCCUGUGUAUGCACAGAGGCUGAUUUUGACUGUGACUAUGGUUAUGAGCGACACAGCAAUGGUCAGUGCCUGCCAGCAUUUUGGUUCAAUCCAUCUUCUCUGUCAAAGGAUUGCAGCUUGGGGCAGAGUUACCUCAAUAGUACUGGGUAUAGGAAGGUGGUUUCCAAUAACUGCACUGAUGGAGUGAGAGAACAAUACACUGCCAAACCACAGAAGUGUCCCGGGAAGGCCCCGCGGGGGCUCCGGAUCGUCACUGCUGAUGGAAAGUUGACAGCGGAACAAGGGCACAAUGUUACUCUCAUGGUACAGUUGGAAGAGGGUGAUGUUCAGAGGACACUCAUCCAGGUGGACUUCGGUGAUGGCAUCGCUGUGUCCUACGUCAACCUCAGCUCCAUGGAAGAUGGGAUCAAACAUGUCUAUCAUAAUGUGGGCAUUUUCCGAGUGACCGUGCAGGUGGACAACAGUCUGGGGUCUGACAGCGCCGUCCUGUACUUACAUGUAACUUGUCCCCUGGAGCAUGUACACCUGUCUCUUCCCUUUGUCACCACAAAGAACAAAGAGGUCAAUGCAACUGCAGUGCUGUGGCCCAGCCAAGUGGGCACCCUCACUUAUGUGUGGUGGUACGGAAACAACACGGAGCCCCUGAUCACCUUGGAGGGAAGUAUAUCAUUCAAGUUUACUUCUGAAGGGAUGAACACCAUCACAGUGCAGGUCUCAGCUGGGAAUGCCAUCCUACAAGACACAAAGACCAUCGCGGUGUAUGAGGAAUUCCGAUCUCUUCGCCUGUCUUUUUCUCCAAACCUGGACGACUACAACCCGGACAUCCCUGAGUGGAGGAGGGACAUCAGCCGAGUCAUCAAAAAGUCCCUGGUGGAAGCCACAGGGGUUCCAAGCCAGCACAUCUUGGUGGCAGUGCUCCCUGGCUUGCCCACCGCUGCUGAGCUGUUUGUCUUGCCCUAUCAGGAUCCGACAGGAGAAAACAGAAGGUCCGCUGAGGACCUGGAGCAGAUAUCAGAACUACUGAUCCACAAGCUCAACCAAAACUUGGUGCACUUUGAGCUGAAGCCUGGGGUCCAAGUCUUUGUCCAUGCAGCCCACUUAACAGCAGCUCCACUCGUGGACCUCACUCCAACCCACAGUGGAUCUGCCAUGCUGAUGCUGCUAUCAGUGGUGUUUGUGGGGCUGGCGGUGUUCGUCAUCUACAAGUUUAAAAGGAAGAUCCCGGGGAUUAAUGUUUAUGCCCAGAUGCAGAAUGAGAAAGAACGAGAGAUGGUCAGUCGAGUCAGUCACACUGAAAGCAGGUCCCAUAUCCCUCAGACUGAACUAAGGAGGCCUGGCCAGCUGAUAGAUGAGAAGGUGGAAUCCCAGCUCAUAGAAGUUCCAAACAGCAACUUUGAGAGCAGUGGGGUGCUUGGCAGCUGUUCUGUGUUUUCCAGGAUUCCAACUGAGCAUUGAAAUCCCUCAUUUGCCAACUUAUUUUUAUAGGAAGCCAAUUAAAAAAAGAAAAAGUUUUCUUAUAGUAUCGGAACUAUGUCUAAUUUUAA